AAUCACAACAAGAAUAUGAACCGCAAAUUGUCAUAGGAAGGAAGCAGAUAAAUGGGAAUUUCGGCUGCAAGCUCUGUUAGUGAAGCUAUGAAAUUGUGCAUAUUUGAUUUGAGAAGGGGUCAACAUGAAGGGCAGGAGUUGGACAAGAUUUUAUAUUUCUUUCCUGCUGAUUUGCCUUUCCCCACCCAACUCUCUGUGAUAGGGCUUAGUGAAGGACUCAUAACAUUCACCAGAAUAUUUUCUCCAGAGGCUCCAUGUGAGGUUAUAGAAGCAGAGAUGCACUCUCAUGUUUUCUAUGAGGCAGAGCGUGAUAUCUGGAUGGUGAUGGUUGUGGAAAAAAGUGAGUCAGAAGCCAUAUGGCGGACUGCUGCUUUACGAAGUGUUCUUAAAGAAGUUCACUCUCUCUUUGUGAUGUUUCAUGGGUCCAUAAGAGCAUUACUUGAUAGAGAACCAAGUGGAGGGCUUACCCGGACACAUUUGUAUUAUUUCAUCAUGGAUUAUUUAAGUGCAUUUGAAAAGCGGCCUUCAUUGGAAUUUCGCUGCUGGGAUUUUCUUUCUGGGAAGAAGCUUCACUUGCCAAAUUUCCGUGACUCUUUGAAGGAGCGUGGAAUGGUACAGAUGUUGACUAUUGGGAGGGAGGCAGCACUUGAAGUUCAGUCACUUGUAAGAGUGCUAGAAUCAUGUGCUGGCUGCAAACAGAGCUACUCACUGAUCAUGUUCCAGGAUUUGCUGGUGUCCACAACUCUUUCUCCUGAUGACCUGAUUAACCUAUUCACGUACACUGUCAUGAGGUUGACCCCAAAUGCUCUGUCCGCUGGACCUAGCUCCUGGUCCUAUUUACGCAAAGGAAGUACUACUUCUAAUGCUUCUGCGUCUUUAUCAACAAGCUCUAACUCUGUUCUGGACCGGUACUACAACUCACGCGAUACUUCUCCAGUUGGAGUUCGUAGCUAUCAGGUUGUUAGGCCCUUACAGCAUGAGAAAUGGUCCAAAGGGAAGGAUGGUUUCCUUGUUACUGAUAUUUGGGGCACAGAAGUUGGCAGCUUGAGUCCUAGCAGUCCAACAAUUUGGCUCAAGCAAACAGAGGAGAGGAUGUAUCUUUGUGCUUUUCAGCAUAAGAGCCUCACCAUAAUACUUCUCAUUCCUGUCACAUCUGUACACAAUGGGGAGCAAGGGUUGUCAGUGGUGAAGCAGCAAAUUCUGGAGAAUGCCUCACCCAAAAUAUUCAAAGUUGAAGAGAAACUAUCCCGAGGAUGGGGUGGUGAGAAUGCAUAUCAUGUGAGUGGUUACCGCUACUUACUUGUGGAUGGUGAUAAAUACAUCUCUCGGGCAUCCCCACCUGGAAAAGUAACAACGCUUACAAAGGAUUCUUUAGUUGCAAUGAGUAAGCUUCGAGGAGAGGUUGACUUAGAAAAGAGCAGAGCUAAAUGUGAUGACUCUGACUGCGAGAAAGACCAAGAAAUAUGCAUUAGAGCAAAAAAUGGUGCUUGGGUGAUUUCUCGGUUGACACGAGGGAAGGAGCUUUAUAUGGUACUUGAGAAAGCCAAUGAAACCCUUCUUUACGCUUCUGAGGCUGUUGAAAAGUUCAGUGACAGGUAUUGCAGUGGCGUUUUUUCUUUGUAAUAGAUCUGGG